UGUUGAAUGACGUCACUCGCGUGCGUCGCGCGAAAAACAGAACCCAACAAGUUUUGUUCGUAAGCGUGUCGUGGUCACAGACUUUUACACAAAAAAAUCAGUUUUAUUAAGGCUUAGACCGCACAAAAAUCGUCAUGGAUGUCGGGGAGCUGCUGAAUUAUCAGCCCGACCGAGGUGCCAAGAGACCCAGAGCUGAAGACAGCCGCGAGGAGUCCAGGAGCAAGCAGAGGCCGGCGGGCCGAGAUGCAGGACGAGGCCCGGACAGCGAGGAGCAGACCGGAGACGGAGAGAAGAUCCUGGAGAGACUGAUGGAUCAGGACGGAGAAGAUCCAGAGGGCGAGCUCGUGGAUGAAAGCACAGUGAAGAAAAUGAUCCUGACCUUUGAGAAGAGAUCCUACAAAAACCAGGAGCUGAGGAUCAAGUUUCCCGACAACCCCGAGAAGUUCAUGGAGGCGGAGCUUGACCUGAAUGACAUCAUCCAGGAGAUGCACGUCAUCGCCACGAUUCCAGAGCUGUAUCAUCUGCUGGUGGAGCUGAACGCUGUUCACUCUCUGCUCGGCCUCCUCAGCCACGACAACACUGAUAUCAGCAUCGCGGUGGUGGACCUCCUGCAGGAGCUGACCGACAUCGACACGCUUCACGAGAGCGAGGAGGGCGCAGAGGUGCUCAUCGACGCUCUGUUGGAGGGCCAGGUCGUAGCUCUCAUGGUGCAGAAUAUGGAGCGUUUGGACGAGACGGUGAAGGAGGAAGCUGAUGGCGUUUACAACACUUUAGCUGUGAUCGAGAACAUGGCCGAGUUUCGUCCUGGUCUGUGUACAGAGGCGGCCCAGCAGGGAUUGAUGCAGUGGCUGCUGAAGAGGAUCAAGGCCAAGAUGCCUUUCGAUGCCAAUAAGUUGUACUGCAGUGAAAUACUGGCUAUCCUGCUGCAAAACAAUGACAAAACGAGGGAGCUGUUGGGAGAAAUGGACGGGAUUGAUGUUCUCCUGCAGCAGCUCUCAGUGUUUAAGCGUCACAAUCCAGCCACGCCGGAGGAACAGGAAAUGAUGGAGAAUCUGUUUGAUGCGCUCUGUUCCUGCCUCAUGCUUCCAGCCAAUCGGGAUCGUUUCCUCCGGGGGGAGGGGCUUCAGCUCAUGAACCUCAUGCUCAGAGAGAAGAAGAUGUCUCGAGUCAGCGCUCUGAAGGUCCUGGACUACGGGGUGAUCGGUCCAGAGGGAUCAGAUAACUGUCACAAGUUUGUGGACAUCCUGGGCCUGCGCACCAUAUUCCCUCUGUUCAUGAAGACGCCCAAGAAGAUGAAGAAAGUGGGAGUAUCGGACAAGGAGCAUGAAGAGCAUGUGUGCUCCAUCAUCGCCUCCAUGCUGAGGAACCUCAAAGGGCAGCAGAGAAGUCGUCUCCUCAGCAAGUUCACGGAGAACGACUGCGAGAAGGUCGACAGACUCAUGGAGCUGCAUUUUAAGUACCUGGAAGCCGUUCAGCUCGCAGACAAGAGGAUCGAAGGAGAGAAGCACGAUAUGGUUCGUCGUGGAGAGAUAAUCGACGAUGCGAUGGACGAUGAGUUUUAUCUGCGACGGUUGGACGCCGGACUCUUUGUUCUUCAGCUCGUCUGUUACAUCAUGGUGGAGAUCUGUAACGCCGGCGUUCCUCAGUUACAGCAGAGAGUCCAUCAGAUACUCAAUCUCAGGGGAGGAUCCGUCAAAAUAGUCCGUCAUAUAAUGAGAGAAUAUGCAGAAAAUAUUGGCGAUGGCAAGAGCGAGGAGUUUAAGGAAAGUGAGCAGAAGAGGAUUAUGGAACUACUUGAGAACUUCUAAAAAUCCAGUUGGAGCUUGGUGUUGGUUUUCUUCAGUGAUUAUUUUUUUAUUUUUUUUUCUCUGCGUUACGGUGAAGCUGCAUGGAUUUUGACUCAUCCUCAUCCUGUCCUGACUGGACCACAAAAAUCUGAAGUUUAAACGUUCAUGUGUCUGAUUUUAUCCCAACAGAUUAAAUCUGGAUAUUGAAUUUUUUGAUGUCCAACACAUUGUUCAUGUUUAUAGUUGUUAUUGUUUUCUAGGCCAGAUAUUUUGUCAAAACAACUUCAGUUUUCAUGUAAAUUAAAGUUUGUGCUUUUCUGUA